CCUCUUCCGCUUUCCUCCUCUGCUUCUAAUGAAUUGAAAUCUCCGAGAGCCGCUAAGGCUCUGGUAGUUUUACAAAACUGUCCUUGCUCUUUCUGCAUUCUGCCCAGUCAAGGGUAUCUUUGCUGGAGGUCAGAAUGAUGCUGUUAGUCCUGAUGUGAUUGCAUAGCAACACAGAGCGGCUCUGAGAGGGGAGGAGGAGGAGAAAGAGAAGAGGGCAGGAAGGUGGGAGAGACAGAGGGAGAGUGUGCAUACAGCAGCUGUCGGCAUUCCUGUCUCAGGGACUUCUUUGCUGAUUCACAGAAGCAGCCCAGCACCAGCCUCCCAGCUCCCAGUUGCAGCCUGCUCCUCAGACCCGAAGGAAUCAGAAGGUGCUUAUGGUCAACAGUUGGUGCACUGCCCAUUCUCUCCCCCCAUGAGCCUUGGUUCUGAUGCAACCUAUGGUCAUGCAGGGAUGCCCUUACACCCUCCCUCGAUGUCAUGAAUGGCGGGCAGCUGACCAGUUCCAUAACAGCAGCAGCCUCCGUAGCACCUGCCUCCAGCCUCAGGUUAGAGUUGCUGCUACUGCCCCUGCGCCUCCUCAGGAUGGUGCUGGGGUUUCCUGCCUAAGCCCAAAGCUAUUCAACGGGUCUGUUGGUGCUGCUGGACCCCUCGAACCACGAGCCAUGAAUCUGUGUUGGAAUGAAAUAAAAAAAAAGUCUCACAACCUCCGUGCUCGCCUAGAGGCCUUCUCAGACCACAGUGGGAAGCUUCAGCUCCCUCUCCAAGAGAUUAUUGACUGGCUCAGCCAGAAAGAUGAGGAAUUGUCAGCUCAGCUGCCCCUGCAAGGGGAUGUGGCUCUGGUGCAACAGGAGAAGGAGACACAUGCGGCCUUUAUGGAAGAUGUCAAGUCUCGGGGCCCUUAUAUCUACUCUGUUCUGGAGUCAGCUCAGGCCUUCCUGUCCCAGCACCCAUUUGAGGAAUUAGAGGAGCCUCGUUCUGAGAGCAAAGAUACUUCUCCCAGACAGCGGAUCCAGAACCUUAGCCGCUUUGUGUGGAAGCAGGCAACGGUGGCCAGUGAACUAUGGGAGAAGCUGACAGCCCGCUGUGUCGACCAGCACCGCCACAUUGAGCGCACUCUGGAGCAGCUGUUGGAGAUCCAAGGGGCAAUGGAGGAAUUAAGCAAUACUCUGACCCAGGCUGAGGGAGUACGAGCCACUUGGGAGCCCAUUGGGGAUCUCUUCAUUGAUUCACUCCCUGAGCACAUCCAGGCUCUUAAGCUAUUCAAAGAAGAAUUCUCCCCUAUGAAAGAUGGAGUGAAAUUGGUGAAUGAUCUGGCCCAUCAACUUGCCAUUUCUGAUGUACACUUGUCAAUGGAGAAUUCCCGCGCCCUGGAGCAGAUCAAUGUUCGGUGGAAACAGCUACAGGUGUCAGUUGGCGAGAGGCUUAAGCAGCUCCAAGAUGCCCACCGGGACUUUGGGCCUGGGUCACAGCAUUUCCUCUCCUCCUCUGUGCAGGUUCCCUGGGAAAGAGCAAUUUCACCCAAUAAAGUUCCCUACUACAUCAACCACCAGGCUCAGACCACUUGCUGGGACCAUCCCAAGAUGACUGAGUUAUACCAAACCCUGGCUGAUCUGAACAACAUUAAGUUCUCAGCUUACCGCACUGCCAUGAAGCUACGCAGAGUCCAGAAGGCACUGCGUUUGGACCUGGUAACUUUAACCACAGCCCUGGAGAUCUUCAAUGAGCAUGAUCUGCAGGCCAGUGAGCAAGUGAUGGAUGUGGUAGAGGUCAUUCACUGCCUGACGGCCUUAUAUGAACGGCUGGAGGAGGAAAGAGGCAUCCUGGUCAAUGUGCCACUCUGUGUGGACAUGAGCCUCAACUGGCUCCUCAAUGUUUUUGAUAGUGGUCGCAGUGGAAAGAUGCGGGCGUUGUCCUUUAAGACCGGCAUUGCAUGCCUGUGUGGCACUGAAGUAAAGGAAAAAUUGCAAUACCUCUUCAGCCAAGUAGCCAAUUCAGGCAGCCAGUGUGACCAGCGCCACCUCGGUGUCCUGCUUCAUGAGGCUAUUCAGGUGCCCCGUCAGCUGGGGGAAGUGGCAGCCUUUGGGGGCAGCAACGUGGAGCCCAGUGUCCGUAGUUGCUUCCGUUUUAGCACCGGGAAGCCAGUCAUUGAAGCUUCACAGUUCCUUGAGUGGGUCAACUUGGAGCCCCAAUCCAUGGUGUGGUUGGCUGUCCUGCAUCGGGUCACCAUUGCUGAGCAAGUGAAGCAUCAGACCAAGUGCUCUAUCUGUAGGCAGUGCCCCAUCAAGGGCUUCAGGUACCGGAGUCUGAAAGAAUUUAACGUGGACAUCUGCCAGACCUGCUUCUUGACAGGCAGGGCCAGCAAAGGCAACAAGCUGCACUACCCCAUCAUGGAGUAUUACACCCCGACCACAUCCAGUGAGAACAUGAGGGACUUUGCCACAACUUUAAAGAACAAAUUCCGCUCAAAGCAUUAUUUCAGCAAACACCCUCAGCGAGGUUAUCUGCCUGUGCAAUCAGUGCUGGAGUCUGACUACAGUGAGACGCUGGCUUCUUCCCCGAUGUUGCCACACGCUGACACACACUCCCGCAUUGAGCAUUUUGCCAGCAGGCUUGCUGAGAUGGAAAGUCAAAAUUGUUCCUUCUUUAAUGAUAGCCUGUCCCCGGAUGACAGCAUAGAUGAGGACCAGUACCUGCUGCGGCACUCCAGCCCCAUUACAGACCGGGAGACAGCCUUUGGACAGCAGGCUCCAUGCAGCAUGGCCACAGAAAGCAAGGGGGAGCUAGAGAAGAUCCUGGCACACUUAGAGGAUGAGAACCGGAUUCUCCAGGGAGAGCUGAGGCGCCUGAAGUGGCAGCAUGAGGAGGCUGCCGAGACCCCCACCCUGGCUGAAGGCUCUGCCGAGGUAGCACAGGACCACCACAAUGAGGAGCUUCUGGCUGAGGCCCGGAUCCUUCGGCAGCACAAGAGCCGCCUGGAGACACGCAUGCAGAUUCUUGAAGACCACAACAAGCAACUAGAGUCUCAGCUGCAGCGCUUAAGGGAGCUGCUCCUGCAGCCACCCACCGAACCAGAUGGCAAUGGCUCUGCAGGCUCGUCCCUAGCUUCCUCUCCACAGCAGUCAGAAGGCAGUCACCCCCAGGAGAAGGGACAGACUACUCCAGAUACUGAGGCAGCAGAUGAUGUGGGGUCAAAGAGCCAAGAUGUCAGCCUGUGCUUAGAAGACAUCAUGGAGAAGCUCCGCCAUGCCUUCCCCAGUGUGCGAAGCUCUGAUGUGACUGCCAACACCCUGCUGGCCUCUUGAUGGAGCCAGUUCCCCAUCCUAUAAUCCACAGUCUUCUGGUUCUUUCUGGUCAAAGUCUUCCUUCAGCCUUCACCCAACAUUUCCAGUCCCUACCGGGCCCACAUUCCUCAGCCAGAGUUAUUUGGGCUCUGGGCAGCAGCAGGGAUCCACUAGUAUGUGAAGUGGAUGUGUGAGGACUGGGGGAGGAAGACGCAUGAUUCCUCCAAUUAUAGAAAUGUGCCCUUUAAUCCACAAGUUUGAGAUCAGUCCCUUAAGUAUGUCUCUGUUGCGGUCCAGGCAGAUGGCACUUGGAAGCCAUUCAGAUGGGGACAGAGAAGCUGCCUUACAGAGCUAAGCAGUGCCCAUCAGCCCCUUUCCCUUCUCCAUGGAAUUAUGGAGAUAAGGAAACCCAAUGACUCCAGGGUUCCAGCAUUAUGAACCCACAGGAGUUAGUCCUACUCUCUGGCCCAGCUCAGGGAGGCAAAAGAGUAUCUCUGAGACUCCCCCCUACCCCCAAAAAAGUGCCCCUGAAAAUGUCUGGGCAGCAUGUGGCAUACUAUAGUUUGACGGCAUAUCUCUAGUCAUCCUGAUGCUACCUAGAUGUUGUUUCCCCCUAGAAUAUCUGCAGUUCCUUCUGCCUCAGGCCCUGGCAGACUUUCCUCAAUGAGGGGGAACAAUUUGUUCUGAUUCCUACUUACACUUUACAUUUGGAAGCAUUAAAGAAAUACUUAGGGCUUUGGUUUUUCCCCCAAUCAUCCUCUUUCCUGAAGGCUUCAGCAUCCUGAGACACCAGCUGAGUUGCUCUAGGAACCAGCUGAAGCCACCCUUGGCUUUUCUGGGUCUGCCCUCAGAGCCCUGGGGUAGAGGCAGCAGCUUGCUCAGCAAGCGAGUCUUUCUCUACUUGGGUGAGGAAGGGGAAGCCACUCACCAGCCUGGAGGAGUGUGACUGCCCAACACUCUUGCAGGCUGUGACCCUUCUUUCUUUUAGGCUGAAUCAGAUGAAGUGACUCACUGUCCCUAGCUAAUCAUAAGGCAGAUGCGAGUGGCAACCUUAAAUAGUGGCCUCUUCCUAGGAGCCACUGGCCACACAUCAGGAAGCUGGCCACGUUCCACCCAGACAACAGCAAGGCCUUCCUUUGCAUAAAACUGUUCUUUCUAACUCUGGAAGGUGAAUCCAAUCCUCAAAGGAAACUAACUCUUCCUAGCCUACAUAUACCAUAAUCCUUUUCUCCAGAAACUGUUCAAAGUAGAUAGCGGGGUUGGGGGGGUGGUAAUGGGCUUGGGAAAUUUGAACAGUCAAAGCCCACUUAGGCAGUUUUCUAUCAAAAGAAGCUUUAUAACCUAGAGCCCCGCAAUUGACUUAAUUUGCCUAAGUUUAUAUACAUAUAUAUCUAUCCUGCAUACCUACUGUAUAUCAGUACUCCCCUGGCCUUGCUCACACAUUAAAUUCUAAUACCUCUCAAAGUAUUAAUGUUCUGCCUUGCUCUUUGUUAGCCCCAGCCUCUGGUUGGACUGAUAGACGCAUCCUGGCUGCUCCCCCUAGGAUGUCUCUCCAUUCAUGUCUGGGGUAAGCUAUCCUUAAGACCAAAGCCAACAGAAGCCUGUGGCCACAGUGGAAUCUAAUGGGAAGAGUCACUCUGUUCUCUUCACUCAUUCCAAAUUUCGUUCCCUUGACACCUGGGCCUUGGAUGAAUUUUCCUGGGCUCCCCUAAACAAUGGUUCAGGUGCCAAAAUAGAGCAAAUGUGAGUUCCACUCAUCGCAUGCAAACAAGAAGGAACAGAUGGGCCUUUAUUGACCUUUGCCAGGCUUUAACGCAGAGAAUACCCUCCAGCCCCUUCCAGGGCAUAAGUCUGGCUCAGGGACUCAAAGAAAGCAGCAGUUGCCACCAAGGUCAGGAAGGUAUGAGAUAGUUGGGGUGCUCUGUUAUAAUAAAGCAGUAGGCCAGUGGGUAGAGCUUCUGGGAGGUUAGAUUUAUCUGCUGCAGGGGAAGGAGGCAGCAGCUUUGAUCCAGAAGCCUAGGAUUACCUCCUUCUAGAAUUUCCAGGGAGCACUAAGCCACAGGUCCAGGGCUAACUGCAUCUGCCUUAGUGCCCAUGAAAUCUCUGGAUGGGAGGCCUGGGUAUCUGGAUGUAUGGUGAACAGGUUGUGGGUGGGCAACAAACACAGGGCAUGGGCAUCUGUCCAUGGGAAGGAGGCUGUAUUUGUAGGGGCAUAGUUUGUAGGCAGGAAUGGGGGAGAAGACAUUUGCUAUAGGUCAGGGAGCACAGGGUCUUUGAGGCAUAUCCUGCCUAAGGCUUAAGAGGGCAUACGUUAUGAAACAAUCUUUGACCGGGAAAGUCUUAGAAAAUCCUUCCCAUAACCCCCACCUCACCCAAGAGAUCUUGGGCUGCCAAGGGCCUGUGGCAACUGCGGUGGGCUAGGCAUAGUAGAGAAGAUGUAGAUCUUGCUAUGUAGGAUUUGUGCUGUAGGUGGACCGAAGCAGCAGGUUGAAUUCUCACUAAUGGGGUCACUGACACUGUGUGUGUGGUCCUGUGUGUACCUUAAUGCCUGAGGUGAGUGUAUCACUCAAGGGUCCAGUGACAGUCACUGCAGCGUGUGUGGGCAGUUUGCCCUCAGUGAGGUAAAUGGAUCCUUGGGCAUGGUGAAUCCAAAUUAGGGUGAGAUUUACUGAGAUGUGCUGUAUGUUGUUAAGCAUCUGUCAUGUAUCAUGUCUCCUAGAGGUAUCUUUUUUGUGUGAUGCUGCAUAAUUUAUGGCCCUGUACUGGAGGAAUGGUAAAGGGGGAGUUUUCUGGGUAGGCAGCCUAAGGAAAGCCUCUGACUUGUGAGAAGGAACAUGAGUGUUUGCUGGGGUUGUUGUCAAGUAGUAUCAGGGAACAGUUAGGACUGAUAGGCGAUUUAUUCUCGACAGGAUUUGGCAGAGGCCAAAAAGCUGUUAUGAAGGUGCCUCUGCUCAAAUUGAGAGCAGAGCAGGGUCAUGUUGACUGGGAACUUGUUAAAAAAGGCUGACUGGCUGCAGAACAUCAAGCUGUUUAUUGGAUGGUUCCCUAAAGAGGGCCCUACCCAGGAGGACACAUGCCCUUCCCUCCAGAAUGGCAAGGCUGAAAUCAAGGCUCUCAAGUGCCCAUUUCUAUCAAGGCCCAACCUUUAAAUAUUUCUCUGUAGAGAAACCUGUUUGAGUUUCUCAUGCUCCAGGAACUGGGCAGGCAAGGCCACAGUAAUGAGAAACCCUGACGUCAGGCAGAGGCCAAUGCUGGGAGAUAGACGUUUUCCCUCCAGGUUAAUUUUGAGGAAUACCCAUGCUGCCUGAGGUGUGUGUUUGGAAUCUGGGCUCCAUGUCCAGCUUCAUGCUAGAACAUUCCUGUAACACACAUUCUCAAUGGCCAACUUGAGGCCUCUGAGACCAUUUCAGGCCAAGAAUCUCAUUAAAGUUCCACUGGCAUAGGUGACAGCUAGCCAAGAAAGUAAGCUACCUUAAGGCAAACAGUCCUGGGAGAGAAACUGGGGGGCCCUACCCCCGGGCUGUGGAGACUGAGCUGCUCAGCUGGGCAGCUCUAUCUCUGGGCCUCUCUGCCGAAAUCUGGCCCUGGGAACAAAGGAAUACUUCAGCUCUUUCUUACUCUUUUAACACCAAUGGCUGUGGGAGAGGGAAAGGCUCAAGGCCAGGAAUCAGCUCCCAGCCUCCAUCUCAUCCCACAGCUGCUGCAUUUGCGGGCAUGGGGGGGUGGCUGCUGAAUGUCCUUGCUGUCUCCAGGGCAGUAUUGGGGCCCAGAGUGGAGCUUGCUAUGCUGUUUGCUGGCUGCAACAACUGGUCUCAGGAAUGGAAGUUGGGGAAGGGAUCCAGGGCAGGGGGGAGGUGGCCAGGGUGGCACACAGGUCUAGAAAUGGGACAAAGUGGGUGGGGCUGGGAACAAAUUGGUUAACUUUGAUUGCCACUCACUGUGGUGCUUUUCCCCUUUCCCUUGAAUUCUGCUUUGAAAAGAAUAAAUUUGUAUUUGUUUACUUUG